CUCAUUGCCUCUUAUUGGUUGAAGUGAUUGCUGCCAUGGAUGGAAAUUAACAUAAAGGAGGCAAGUGGCGAAGGGAUCCACUUGGGGGCAAGCUGGCGACGCGUCAUAGCUCUUGGUGAACAGAGGAGACAAAAAGGGGACUAAAAUAGCGUCGAACCUGCGGGUUUAAUGUGCACCAAUGACCACGGAGUCACUCGUGGUCUCAGAGCUGCGCACAAAAGUGCCACAGGUGAUAGGAGGAAUGAGCACAGAGACGAGAAGACUUUUAGCGCCCUAAGGUGUCGCAAAUAAGUAACCAAAUUCUCUCCAAACAAUCUUUGCCAUGUGAGAUUAGCGAGCGAAACCUCUGCGCGGUGCAGAAAUUCGACGAUUUCACCACGUCACUUCUCGGGAGAUCAUGAAACAACAUCGGAGGUGGCUGAAGCGAAGACACGUUGAGAAAACGGAGGGAAACUAUUUCCACCGAUGAGGCAAGCGGGUUCCCCUUCGCCUCUCCCUUUACGCACAGGCGAGGUGAGGACGGAGAGCAACGCAUCGAUGUAGAGAAAACACCAAUGAGUCAUCCGAGGUGUUAAAAGCAGAGGAGCAGAAGCACAACAAACCUUUUUUUUUUGAUCGAAAGUCCUAAAAAGCACAUCAUGGAUGGAGAGGGAAGAUCUUCCGGGCUGGUCAAGUCAGCCGCGUUAAAACUGUCCGAGAUAAGCGAAAGGACCAAGGAGUUAGGCACCGCGAUGAAGGAUCCUCACCAGCAAAGACGGAUCAUCUUAGUGAUCGUUUGCGUGGCUCUCCUGCUGGACAACAUGCUCUACAUGGUGAUCGUGCCAAUUAUUCCGGACUAUCUUGCUGAGCUGGAGAGUGAGCAGUCAGAGCACGUCCACGUAGUGAUACACCCCAACUCUUCAACCAACAGCACAAGCCAAGACAAAAUCAACAAAAACAAUUUAGAUGUUCAGAUUGGAGUACUUUUCGCCUCCAAAGCGAUCCUGCAGCUGUUGGUUAGCCCGCUGUCGGGGACUUUCAUAGACCGGGUCGGAUAUGACAUUCCACUUUUAAUUGGAUUGAGUGUCAUGUUCGUGUCCACGUGCAUAUUUGCGAUCGGGGAGAACUACGUGACGCUCUUUGUCGCCAGAAGUUUGCAGGGUCUGGGGUCGGCUUUCGCGGACACCUCUGGAAUCGCGAUGAUAGCCGACAAAUAUACGGAGGAGUCCGAGAGAAGCACGGCGCUGGGCAUCGCUCUGGCGUUCAUCUCUUUCGGGAGUCUGGUGGCGCCUCCUUUCGGCGGCAUCCUUUACGAGUUCGCGGGCAAGAAGGUGCCCUUCAUCGUGCUCGCGUGCAUUUGCCUGGUGGACGGCAUUCUGCUGCUGACUGUGAUCAAGCCGUUCUCCAACAGGACUAGAGAGAACAUGCCAGUCGGCACCCCCAUAUACAAACUCAUGGUCGACCCGUACAUAGCUGUGGUGGCCGGGGCGCUGACGGUCUGCAACAUCCCCCUGGCCUUUCUCGAGCCCACCAUAGCCAACUGGAUGGAGACCACCAUGCACUCCACUCAGUGGGAAAUGGGGCUCACCUGGCUCCCGGCCUUCUUCCCGCAUGUCCUCGGCGUGUACAUAACAGUGAAACUGGCAGCUAAGCAUCCAAAUUUGCAGUGGUUCUACGGAGCUUUGGGGAUGGUCAUCAUUGGGGCGAGCUCCUGCACGGUCCCUGCAUGCAAAACUUUCGGGCAGCUCAUCGCGCCUUUGUGCGGCAUUUGUUUCGGCAUCGCGCUGGUAGACACUGCGCUGCUGCCGACACUUGCAUUUCUAGUAGACGUGCGUCACGUUUCAGUCUACGGUAGUAUUUAUGCCAUAGCAGAUAUUUCCUAUUCUGUCGCGUAUGCUAUGGGUCCUAUAGUAGCCGGUCAGAUAGUGCACAAUCACGGGUUUGUACAACUCAACUUGGGUAUGGGACUCGUCAAUGUGCUUUACGCGCCAGCCCUGUUGCUGCUGCGCAACGUGUGCCAAAUGAAGCCGUCCUUCUCGGAGAGAGAUAACCUCCUAGAGGAGGCUCCGCAGGGGCUGUACGAUACUAUCAAGAUGGAGGAGAGGAGAGCUAAAAAGAAGGGAUACCGUUCGGCGGGGAAUUGCUUAGCGGUGGAUGAAAAUGGGUUUGAGCAAUUCACAGCACAGCGGUCCGUGUCAGAGGAGUCGUCCGGCCCAGAGUACAUUUAACCCGGUCACGCUCUCACCGAAACCCCGAAACAUUCCCCCGGGAGAGAUUUGGAGGCGAGGCAGGUUCUAGUCAAGUCAUUUAAACUUUUAUGUAAGUACCGAUGUGCAAUAUAAACACCCAGUCAACAAGAACAUGGUGUGAUCCGCUUUUAUUGCUUCUUUUUGACUGUGGUUUUAUUGUGUCAAACAAGUCUAUGUAGCGUUUGUCAUGGACGUAUAACUGGAGUUUUGUGCGAGAUCUAUCAGCUACCGUUGAAUUCGUGUGUAUUACUAUUGUAAAAAGAUAUGAAUAGAUAAAUGUACGCACAAUAUUAUAUGGGACCAACUAUAUGCAGCACAGCCCCCCCCACCCCCCCUACACAAAAAAAUAGCCUAUAUUUUUAGUCUCCGAAGAAACUUUUUUUACUUGCACAUCAAAGGCCGGAUUUUCCUUUUAUGUCGUUAAAAAUAAUCGUGAAUUUUGAUUUUGAAUCAAGUGGGCCUGUUUGAAAUGUUUCUGAUGUUUGGAAUUAAAUGUAUCAUAUUAAAUGGAUUUUGGACAUAUGUGCACAGUGUAAAUGGUUAAUACGUGGACCUCUACAAAGUAUGUGUGCGUUUAUUUGUGUGUACGCGCGCGUGUAUGGUUAAAACAUUUUGUCAAAACGUAAACACGUGUAUAUUCAUUUAUCAAUUGUCGUUUUAAUAAAUCUCCGUCUGGACUUGUGUGA